AUGCUGUCUAUAUUAUAUGAAGAAAUAUCUGAAGCGCUUAAAACAGAAAAUGAUCUGGCUUUACACUCUGAAAGCUGAUGAAUCUGGCAAUUUUUAUUAUGAAAGUACUCUAAUUUCUUUAUUAUUUUAAAGUUUCAUUUGGUAAGUUUAUUAUGAUUAGACGAAGUCACAGGACUGGUAUGGAAGGCUCUAAUCUCUUUCCUACUACAUUUUAAAGCUCAAAAUUUUAGGAGAGGAAAAAAUUGGAAAUAUGUGAGUAAGUUAAAAAUUUAUACAGUUUACUCUCAUUUUAAUUAUCAUAUUAAUCAAGCGAGUUUUUACGAAUAAAGAUGAGUAUAGACAAGGAAAGAUUAUAGCUAAAAGUUAUGGAAUGAGCUUGAGAAUUCUAUUUAUUAUAAUUCUGUAGAACACUCUCCAUUACUUCGCCUGAUUAUAUCCAUACGACUCUCUCCAUAUACUACACUUUAUCAAAACUUGAGACUAUCAUUAGUAUGUAAAUCUUCUCAAAACUGGUAUCAACUAAACCACCAGCUUCAUCUAUCCUUCAUUUCUCAGCCCCAAUCCUCUCACCCCUCUUUUCCAUCAUCGCAGCAAGAUUCCCUUUGAUCUUGCACGCUUUCAACUGCUUUUGUUACUAUUUAUCCUACAUCUCCCAUAUC